UGCCCUCAGUGCUGGGGCUCCUCCCCCGGCCCGGCCUGGCCCGGCCCGGCCUCCCCGCCGGGGUUGCUAGGGCGGCGGCGCCAUGCCUCGGCGCGCGCUUGUGUCGCUGCGCUUCGGCCUGUCCCGGCGCUGCGGGCAGCUGGCGCAUUGGACCGGCCGCCUGCGGGGCCUGCGAGCUGUGCUGGAAGCAGAUGGACAUCAGGUUAUCCUAGAAGAGAUGCCAGACUGGAAUGUUGUAGAACUUGUAGUGAAUGGCGAAACUGUGUUCCAGUGCAAUAUUAAAGACCUCGACUUCGGAGGUGAUGGCAAGUUGGAUCCACUUUGUGAAGAAGCCAGAGUAGCAGUGUUGAAUGCCUAUUGAUUAUCAGGCACAUUUCCUCUCUGUCCCUGGAUUAUAUAGAUUAAUUAUAAUAAUUUUACAAGGUAUCAGAUGUCAGACUACAGGUAGUUCUAUACAUUUUCAUACCUCGUAGCAGGUUUCUACAUAACUGCAUUGAAUAUUGCCAUGUGUGAAACAAGAAUACUAUCUUCUUACAGAACUAUAUACUUACUUAAUUUUAAUGAUUCCCACAAGUUUCUAAUACAUUUAUUUACAUCAAAAAAGUAUUCUAGCUUAUUUUCUAUAAAUCUUAGAUGGCUAAUAUACGUUGUUUUACAGAAAACAUGAAAACCCGCGUCCUAAAUUAAGACCAAUUUAGAAUUAAGGCUAAAUUUAACUACACUGUCAUGCAGUCAAUAGGCUGGAUUUAUUUUUAAGACAAAGUGAUAAAUCUGGCCCUUAAUACUGCCCUAUGAAAACCAGAAUCUUUUCACUAUCAUUGGCCACCCAUAACAAACAGAUUAAUUUAAUCACUGACCACAAAUUUGGAGUUCCUUACUCAAACAUACAGAGGUUGUAUCAGCUCCACCCGUUUUAAUAGCUAGAAACAUUUUGUAGAGAAAAAUAUACUUUUAAUUUUGUACCUACCAUUAAGAUUCAAUGGUCUAUCAGUUUUUCUUGGGUUAUUAGACACCAAUGUAGGGAAGGAAGAUGGGAGAAUAACAUUAUUAUAAACUCAGGUUAAGGUUGCUUAGAUGACCAUAACUGAAUAUUAAUCUAUUUCUGAAGUUUGUGGGACAAUAGUUCAUUGGUAACUCAGAUUUUCUGAUUCUCUAAUUUUUGUUAAUUUCAAUACAUGUUUUCAACCUCAACUUCACUUUACAAUUUUUGGCUCAGGUUAAUACAGCUGUUUGCCAGUAGUUCUUUGCCAGGAUGCUGGUAUUCUUGAAAGGUUGUUUAGUUCAUGUCAGAAACAAACCAAAACAAACCAAGCGUAUUUCCUUCCUCUGGAAUAGAACUCCUUGGAUCAUCAUUUGUAUCACAGUGCAACCAUUUCAACAAAAUGUACAUGAUAUUAGACAUCCUUAGGUAUUAGUAGGUAGUACAACUGCAGUUUCUAAGAACAUGGCUAUGACGAGACAAAGGCUGGCUGUUAUAGAGCUAGAGAAAAAGCCUAUAACUCACAAUACCUCCAACCAACUUUGGUCUGCAGGGAGAGGUCUUAAUUACAAAUGACCAAACUACAUUGACUUACAGUGUGGAUCUGAAGCAAAAUCAUGAAACACUGUCAAAAUACCACCACUAUGUCCUACUAUGGUCCCUUACUAAUAACUCAAGGAUGCCAGAGGCUCUGAAUAACCUAUUCUUCAAUAAGUGGUACAAACUAAACAUACCAGUCACUAAAUUGUGAGAAGCAGGAACUUUUUCUUCAAUCUUCUGAAGGAACAAUAAAGACAGCACUUUUGCUUUCUA